CUUUGUUGCGGAAGUGUGCGGAUGUAGGCGCAGCUCACACAGCAGCAACUUGGGGCUACAUCUCUGGUGGUAAUUUGACUGUGUUGUGCUCCAGCUUAUAUGUAGGCCGCUGGGGAUUACACUAUACGGCUUGAUCAGCUUCACACGGUUGAGCUGGAAUCAUGGCAGACCACAAUGACAUCAGUCUGAUGCCGGAGGAGCGAGUCCGCGCUCUGACCAAGAAGGGGAGCUCGGUGGAGGUCAACGACGAUGUGCCUCCACGCCGAUACUUCCGCUCUGGCAUGGAGAUGAUCCGCAUGGCCAACAUCUACACAGAGGAGGGCAACAUCGAGCACGCCUUCGUCCUCUACAAUAAGUACAUCACGCUCUUUAUUGAGAAACUUCCCAAGCACCGGGAUUACAAAACAGCUAACAUUCCUGAGAAGAAGGACACACUCAAGAAACUGAAGGACAUUGCAUUCCCACAAGCAGAGAUACUGAAGAAAGCUCUUCUGAGGAGGUUUGAACAGGAGUAUGCACAGUACCUCGUCAAAAAGAAAGCGGAGGAGGAGGCCCUGGCGCGGGAGCAGUCGAAGCAGCGGGCGCUGGACGCAGAGCGGGAGCGCGUGGCCGAGCUGCAGCGCCGCCAGCGGGAGCAGGAGCAGUUCAGUGCCUUCGAGGAGAUGAUUCGCCGCCAGGAGCUGGAGAAGGAGCGCCAGCGGGUGCUUCUGGAGUUCGCCACGCCGGGCACGCCGCCCCCCGACACGCCCCUCAUUCCGGGCAUCCAGGGACCCUCGCUGUCUUUUGCAGUGACCCCCACCCCCCCGCAGAGCCCCAGGGACUUGUCCAGCGGCACCAACCACCACCACAAUCGCCCCGUCGCCACCACCGGCCUGCCUGCCACCGGCCCGCCCAGCUUCGACCGGUCGCUGAAGCCCGGCUCUCUGGUCAGCCCGGGGAACAACAAUACAAUGGUGGAUGCCCUUCGGCAGUUGGCGGUUCCGGCUGAGCUGUGCCAGAGUUUUCUGAGGCUGGCAGAGGCCAACACCAGCCGAGCCGUAGAAACCUGUGGCAUCCUGUGUGGCAAACUGACCAGAAACGCAUUUACCGUGACCCAUGUGAUAGUGCCAAAGCAGUGUGGCGGACCCGACUAUUGUGACACAGAAAAUGAAGAGGAGCUCUUUCUCAUCCAGGAUCAGUACGAUCUCAUCACCCUGGGCUGGAUCCACACUCACCCCACACAGACAGCCUUCCUGUCCAGCGUAGACCUCCACACACACUGCUCCUACCAGAUGAUGCUGCCGGAGGCCAUCGCCAUCGUCUGCUCGCCCAAGUUCAACGAAAUCGGCUAUUUCAGGCUCACAGAUCGUGGAACAGAUGAAAUCUCCACAUGUAAACAGAAGGGCUUUCAUCCUCACAGCAAAGAUCCUCCUCUUUUUACACACGCAGGACAUAUCACCAUCACGGACGGCACAGUGUCCAUGUUGGACUUGCGGUGAUUUUUUAAAAGUUUUUUUUCCCCACCACUCCACACUCAUAGACUGUCUACAAACUACAAACCCAUGCAAGUGUCCCAUCUGAGAAAACACUCAUAUUUUGUUGUUGUUGUUUUUUGUUUUUGUUUUUGUUUUGUUAAAUCAAAAUGGUACGGCGCAGUUCCCGGCCAUUGUUUUGAACAUAUUCAUGGACCUCAGUUGUUCUCAAAGGGAUCAAGAUGGCGAGCUUUUUUUCGUUUUGCUCCGUCAGAUUUCUUCAUAUUAUCGCACUUUCCGAGCAAACAACUUGUAUCCACCCAAUGGACAGGCAGACCUCUGGCUCCUCAACUCUUCCGUUUUCGUCAGUAUGUGCUCUUGUUCCUUUCUUUACAGCCUUCACUUUUGGUCUUUAAUUACCACGUACAGUAUCUUCGUCAAUGACAGAUAACUCUAGUUAAAAUUGGAUCUAUUGGACAUCUUGAACUUAACCUUUUUUUUUUUCUUUCUUUUUGUAAAAUACCGAGGGUUGGGCUCGCCCGACAGAUAAGUGCCAAGGACGAGAGGAUUCAUUUGGCGACCGAUAAUGCCACUCAACAUAAAGUCCACAGUUUGCCCUAAAGAUCUGUCUCUAUUCUUUUCAGCUGGUGUCUUUCCUUAGCUGGUGGGGGUGAGCGCUAAGAGAAAUGAAAGCCAGCUGUGACUCAGGUAUGCGGGCAGUGUUGCUGCUCUGUAUUAUAUAUAUUUUUGUAUACAGAAGACACCACUCCUCGAUAUCACUCUUCAUCUGAAAAUGGUUUAGUUCGAAAUUGAAUUCCUCACGAUGGAUCCACCUUAUGUGUUUUAUUUGUUUGUUUGUUUUCUUCUUUCUCUUCGUGGGAGGGGGUUGUAGUUGUACCCGUAUGACGUGUCCAUGCUUCAGAGGAAAUAUGUGUCCAACAGGCAAUCUGAAUGUACCUUCUGCUGUACAUUACUAACCACCCGGCCAUGAGUUCAUGCCUAUAACCAUUUUUGUUUGCUCCCUUCUCUCAGUAGAAGAAAUAAAUACUUAGCCAUAAAUGUGAGAGUUCCUUAAACAAAUUAAAUGCCAAGACAAAAUAAACUCACUCUAGAAGGA